AUUAUUGAUCUGAGGGUAAUUUAGAAACAUAUCAAUCACCGAUCACGCUAAUUAUGUGGGUGAUUUGUAAGCAGUAUGCUAAUUGGUCACCAUGGUGAGAGUAUAUAUCUGGUAACUUUCAUCUGGGCAGAUGUCAUUUAAUUUUGUGAAGUACUUUCUGUAAACAUGUGGUUUUGGCUUUCUGUUUGUGUGCUGAGUGCGGUGGGGUGGGCUGAUUCGGAGGCUAUAUCCUCCCAGCAUUCAGCCGCAGAAGGUCGAAAGGGAGUGAAGUUGAUAGACUCGAGAUCAUCAACUGGAGUGGAGGGUACCAUAGAGGAUCAACCCUACCAAGUGUCCUUCAAAAUUGACAACACGUAUUACUGCGGCGGUAUUAUUAUUGGCGAGAAAGACAUCGUCGCUCCCGCGCACUGUACCUAUGGUGUCAGUCCGGAACAAGUUGUCCUCCGAGCUGGUAGCACUUUCCGUCACAACGGUCUCAUCAUACCCAUCGCUGAAGUGGUGACCCAUCCGGACUACAACGAGCCCGCCUUCGACAAAGAUGUUGGGUACAUGAUCACCGCUGAGCCCAUCGUGUUCACCAAGACUAUACAGCCGAUAGCUCUGCCCCCGAGAUCUAGAGCCUUGGCUGGUGAUGUGGUUAUAGUUGGAUGGGGCAGACGGGGAGAGGCGGUCGAUGCUCCUAGUAGAGUGAUGAAGACAUUGGCCCACAUGUACGACUCUAUGAAGUGCCAAAUCGCGUACCCCACGCUAAUGACGAGGAAUAAGGCGUGCUCGUCCAAUUUCCACUUAGGAGGAGAGGAGCUCGAAGAUUGUCAGCGUGAAACUGAUGGAGCAGCCAUCCAAGACGGCAUGGUGGUGGCUCUAGUAACAUUCACAGGGGUUUGUGGGCACGAAUCGUCACCAAGUCUCUUCGCAGAUCUCGCCGCGCCAGAAAUACGUGACUUUUUACACGAUAACCUUGGUGUGUAAUCGGUUAAUAAUAACAUAACUAAAUAUUAUAACAUGUCUAAAUUGUAAUUGUUAUUUUCAAUGUAAAAUGUGUAAAAUCUAUAUCUGUUGGUAGAAUUUCAAACGUUCAAACGUUGUGGUUGUCAGUUAACCAUCAACUGACAACCACAACGAAUCGAUAUUUAAUUUUUCGUUUGAAUGACGUAUGUAUAAUUGAAUAACUAUUAUAGUUGUUAGUUUUUAAUAACUAUUAUAGUUAUUAGUUAACUGAUUAUAGUUAUUCAAGCUAGAGCAUUUUAUACCGUUUAUGGAUUUAUGCCAAAUAUGACGGUGUUUAGCCUCUUAAUUCGCAUUUUCACAAAGAAUAAUUUCGUAAACAGACUUUUGAAUUAUAGUAUUUCAUUUGUACCUUACUAUUUCUUAUUCUAACAUUUUUUUUGUGUUCUUAAAUAAAAUAAAUGUACUUCAAAUAUGAUAUUAUAUGUUAGUAAAUAUAUAUGUAUAAAUGUACUCUUGAAUAUGCAUGUAUUAAGUGUAUUAAAAUGAAUACAUA